AUGAUUUCUACUGAAAUCAAUUCAAACGAUGCUAUUGUUAGAUAUGAUUAAAUUAUAGGUUAACAGUAGGAUCAUGAAUAUAGAGUAAGUCAUAUCAGUAAGUAGAGUCCUCAAGAUGUUUUAAGUGUAUAAGAUUAAAUACAACCAUAAUAAACCUCAUUUUCUGAGAUUAGUGAUUAAUAAUUGGAUCAAGAGUAAUUGAAAUUAAAAGAGAAAGAAAGAAUGGAGAGGAUUAUUAAGUAUAUAUGAUAGAUGAAUAUCCAAAAGUAUUCCAAAUACUAUCAAAAGAUCAUUGUCUACAAUUAAUGAAGUGCCUGACUAAUCCAUUAGUAUUUCUUCUCAAAUAGAUGAUCGUAAACAAAAUGAUGUAAUAUUUAAAAAAUUAAGUGAGUUUGAAGAUGAAAUGGAAAAAUAAAAUCAAAAAUUAGGUUCAUACAAAUCUAAUUAGUAACAAAAAUCAAAGAAGAAGUCCAAAAAGAAGAAGAAAAAGAAACAAUAAAGCAAUAAUUCUCACUAGUUAUAUUCCAUAUAAGGAUUGGAGUAUUAAUAAAACAUGAAUAUUACUCUUUAUUUUAGAGACCCAAGAAUUGAUUGUAAUUGGAAAUUACUCUUUAGCUAUUUUACUCUAAUUAUAUUGAGUAAUGUUAUUUUACAAACAAUGGAGGUUAUAAGAUAUUCUUCAAGUAUAUGUAAAUUAGAAGGACUGGAUAAUUUAUUUGUGUAUCUAAAUUAAUUGCUUUAUGUAUUUGGUAAAAUAGGUAUUCUUAGUUUGAAUUACUAAGAAUUUACUAAUACCUCAUCAAUCAAAUAUAAGAUACCAUUAUUAAAUAGCACACUUUUUAGUUCUAUAUUUAUUGUUCUUUCAUUACCUUUAUAUGUUUUUGAUUUUGUUUUGUGUCAAUCUCGCAGUGAACUAUUUACACUAAAUUAUAGUUUAUUAAUAUUGA